GACCCCGGAAGUGGGUCGGGGGCUCGGCCUCUGCCCGGCCGCUGAGCCGGAGCGGGAGGAUCUGGUCUGAGAGGGUCCUGCCGAGUGAGCUUGUCUGCAGGCGAGCUCGGGCAGGGCCCGAGCAACGGGUCCAGGAUGCUAAACGUCCCUUCCCAGUCUUUCCCGGCCCCCAGCUCUCAGCAGCGCGCCGCCUCUGGGGGGCGUAGCAAGGUACCUUUAAAACAGGGCAGAAGUCUUAUGGAUUGGAUUCGACUGUCCAAAAGUGGAAAGGACCUAACAGGAUUAAAAGGCAGGUUAAUUGAAGUAACUGAAGAAGAACUUAAAAAGCACAACAAAAAAGAUGAUUGUUGGAUAUGCAUAAGAGGGUUUGUUUAUAAUGUCACCUCAUAUAUGGAAUUUCAUCCUGGUGGAGAGGAUGAACUGAUGAGAGCAGCAGGAUCAGAUGGUACUGACCUUUUUGAUCAGGUUCACCGUUGGGUCAAUUAUGAAUCCAUGCUGAAAGAAUGCCUGGUUGGCAGAAUGGCAGUUAAACCUGCCAUCCCAAAAGACUAUCGUGAGGAAAAGAAAGUCUUAAAUGGUUUGCUUCCCAGGAGCCAAGUAACAGACACAACUACCAAAGAAGGUCCUAGUUCUCCAAGCUAUGACUGGUUCCAAACAGAUUCUUUAGUCACCAUUGUCAUAUAUACUAAACAAAAGGAUAUCAAUUUAGACUCAAUAAUAGUUGAUCAUCAGAAUGAUUCCUUUAGAGCAGAAACAAUUAUCAAGGAUUAUUCAUAUCUUAUACAUGUUGGACUAAGCCAUGAGAUUCAGGAAGAUUUUUCUGUGAGAAUUGUUGAGAAUGUGGGAAAAAUAGAGAUUGUCUUAAAAAAGAGAGAGAAUAUGUCUUGGAAAUGUCUUGGCCAUCCCCUGGAGAAGCAUAAUUCACUUCUUCCAAAGAAAGAUAGAGGUUCAUAUUACAGACAAUGCCAGUUAAUUUCCAAGGAAGACAUUACUCAUGAUACAAAACUUUUCUGUUUGAUGCUUCCACCAAGCACUCAUCUUCAGGUGCCAAUUGGGCAACAUGUUUACCUCAAGCUAACUAUUACAGGUACAGAAAUAGUAAAGCCAUAUACACCUGUGUUUGAUUCCUUACUCUCAGAGUUCAAAGAACCAGUUCUUCCCAACAAUAAAUACAUCUACUUUUUGAUUAAAAUCUAUCCUGCUGGACUCUUUACACCAGAACUUGAUCAUCUUCAGAUUGGAGAUUUUGUUCCUGUAAGCAGUCCUGAGGGCAACUUUAAAAUAUCUAAACUUCAAGAAGUAGAAGAUCUCUUUUUAUUGGCAGCUGGAACAGGCUUCACACCAAUGGUUAAAAUACUGAAUUGUGCUUUGAUUAACACACCCAGUCUCAGGAAGGUGAAGUUGAUGUUCUUCAAUAAGACAGAGGAUGAUAUAAUUUGGAGAAGCCAAUUAGAGAAAUUAGCAUUUGAAGAUAAAAGAUUUGAUGUUGAGUUUGUUCUCUCAGCCCCUUCUUCUGAAUGGAAUGGCAAACAGGGACACAUUUCACCAGCUCUUCUUUCUGAAUUUUUGAAAAGAAGUUCAGAAAAAUCCAAAGUCCUCCUUUGCAUCUGUGGACCAAUGCCAUUUACAGAACAAGGAAUAAGGUUGCUGCAUGACCUUAACUUUUCCAAAGAUGAGAUACAUAGUUUUACAGCAUAAUGAAGAGUUGUGAUUGUAUUUUAUUCAAUUAGUUUAUCUAAAUUUGUGAUUACUUAGAAUUUUUUAAGAGAACAUUUUUUGUAUGUACUAAAAAAUUAACUAGAAUCCAGGCUUCGGUUCUUAAAUUAAAUCAACUGUUCCUUCAGUAUAGGUAACUUCUUGGCUUUAUUUUAUACCAUAACUUAUUUUACUAUUAAUACUUGACCUAGAAAGUCAAUCAUGGCAACAGUAGAAUUCCUUAUGAAUUACAGAUUUCCUUACCAUUGAAACUGUAUCACUGUUCUACAAUAAGCACUUGUGUUUUAUGACAUGGUAAAGUAAAUGAUCACUUUGAUCACAUUUCUAUGCUGUAAAAUGUCUUCUUAGCAAUACAGAUUAAAUUUUACAUUGCACUGUUAACUCAGGAAAUGAUCAUUUUUGUCUUUGUUAUUAAUAUUAAAACAUGGAAUGCUGUAACAAUUAAGUGAUCCUAACAAUUUUGUGUUUGUAUAUGGCAUUGAUGCACAGUAAAAUAAAAUUAUAAAAGUAUUUUUUAAUCC